CAAGCGCUCCAGACAUCCACACACACACACACGUUCCCGCUUCUCUACCUUGGUGGUUUUAGGAUGUAAACUCUCCUCACCUGGUGUUCAAAAAGCUCUGUGUGGGGUGAUGUUGAAUUCAGAAGGUAUGAAGACCCCCUUGAGCCCCACCCAGCUCAUAGAAAAUGGACAGCUGUGCUUCGCCAUCGCAGGCCGCAUGGAGGUAAAGGAGCCUAGCAUUAUCAACGCGGACAUGCAUCUACAUCAGGAGAAGAAGAAGCUGCUCUACUCGCUUUGCGAAGUCUGCAACAUCCAGCUGCACUCCGCCACGCAGGCCCAGGUCCACUACAAUGGCAAAUCUCACCUCAAGAGGGUCAAACAAUUGAAUAAAGGAGAGCUGCCCACGGCAAGCGUCAGCUCGGCUUCCACUCCUCAACACUCUCUCAGCAGCAGUGGCAGUCAAGGAAGUUCCUGUCAUAGCAACACGCUCCCCGCGUUGGUUCGGACUCCUUCUCUAAUGAUGCAGUCCGGUCUGGACAUGAAGCCUUUCAUGACCUUCCCUGUGGAGAGCUCCUCUCCGGUCGGCCUGUUCCCUAAUUUCAAUACGAUGGACCCUGUCCAGAAAGCUGUAAUCAACCACACAUUUGGAGUCUCCAUUCCUCCCAAGAAAAAGCUAGUUAUUUCUUGCAACAUCUGUCAGCUUCGCUUUAAUUCAGAUAAGAAAGAAAUGUGCGUACAGGUUUGGAACAACAUGAGGAGCCAAGCCGAGGCGCACUACAAAGGCAGUAAACAUGCCAAGAAGCUCAAAGCACAGGAGUCCACGAAAAAUAAGCAGAAAAGUGCAGCCGCCCAGGACAGCGGCGCUAAGACAAUCACCACCAACACCACCACCACCACCACUUCCUCCUGCACUGCAGUCACUGCCAGCUGCUCUGACCAACCAGAGAAAAGUGCAGAGCCGUCGGCUGCGCACAAAGUCCCUGCCCCCCCGCAAGCCUUUGUGCCAGCUCCCGCUGCGCCCGCGGUGGCAUUAGUGCCCAGCCCGUGCAAGACGGCACCCGCGCAUGCCAGCCCACCCACCGAGCCGACAGGGCACGCGGCAGCCCUGAAGAACCCCUCCAAACCAGCGGCGGUGCCAACGGCCCCGUCAGAGCCCAGCGUGGAGUCCGAGGACGAGAAAGCCAAGAAGCUCCUCUACUGUUCGCUGUGUAAAGUGGCUGUCAACUCCCUCUCACAGCUGGAGGCACACAACACAGGCUCAAAGCAUAAAACCAUGCUGGAGGCACGAAAUGGAGCUGGCCCCAUUAAAGCGUACCCCAGACCCGGGUCCAAACUCAAAGUUCAGGCCACACAACUUAACAAAGGCUCGGGCUUACAGAACAAGACGUUUCAUUGUGAAAUCUGUGAUGUCCACGUCAACUCAGAAAUCCAGCUUAAACAGCAUAUUUCCAGCAGGCGGCAUAAGGACAGAGUGGCUGGGAAACCCACCAAACCAAAAUACAGCCCGUACAACAAGCAGCAGCGCAGCUCCGGCUCUCUGGCAGCCAAACUCGCCCUGCAGAAUGACAUGGUGAAGCCCAUUUCACAGGCUUUCCUCCACACACCCUUCGCCCCCACCACAGUCCCGUCCAUCUCCCUCCACCCUCGUCCCAACACCUCCAUCUUUCAGACGGCCUCGCUUCAGGCCUCCUUUCUCCGCGCCGCUCCGGGACCGAUCCGACACACGCGCGGCUCCAUCCUAUUUGCGCCUUACUGAGACGUUUCUGGAACCAUGCCGCACUAUACGUUCAGAUCUUGAAACAAUGGUGUGUUUAUUGAAACUUUAUCCUCAACCGUCCGCUAAACCCAGGAAGGAUAUUCCGUCUUAGUGAGGACUUUUGCAUUUGAAAACACUUCAAUUAAAGUGUUGAACUGCUUCCUGAAAGACUUGAAUUAUCAUGGUCUUCCUUUUCAACUCAACCAACCCCGGACAAUCACACGCCUGGAGGCGCUGUCAGAAACAACCCCAAAUCUCACGUGUUCAGUCAACGGCUUGAUGUUGUCAGGGAGCCUGUGAUGCAGUUUUUGGCCUGUGUGCUGUCUUGUAUCGUGUAGUCAAUAAGCUCAAUCACCAGUUCACCACUCUAUCCUUAUCCUUUCAUCUGACAGGAAACACAGCAUUUCUCUUUUCCAUGUGUUCGGGUUCCUCUUUUCCUCAUAUAAGUAGAGUCAGCCUGUUUUCAUCACGAUUCAAACUCUCUUUUGCGUAAUAGGAAAAGCGUGGGCCUUUCCUCUCUCUCUGUGAUAUUCUUAUUUGUCUCGAGACUGCACUCUGCAGCUCUCUGAUGAUGCAAUAAUGUAUAGAUCAUUAAUAUUGAUAUUCUCCAUUGUGUAUUUAAUGUUUACCUUCCAGGCUGCAAUACUAGUUGUAUUUUACGAGCUGGAGGAGAACUAGCUAUGUUAUUUGGUACUUUUAUUUUUAGAGAUCGAGAGAGAACAGUUUCCAUUCACUGAAAAUUCUUUAAGUCCAUAGUAUAUGUAUGAGAGGCUGUACAUAAAGAUACUACGUUUUCAAUAAAAUAAUAUAUUUAAAUGAUUUCUUCAUUAAUUUAUACUGUAUAUUUCUUUUCAUGAAUCUUUGUUGCUCAUUAAUAAAUGUUUAGUAAAAAAA